AUGGAGGAAUACACGCAUCCAAGUCCCCACUUCAGUGAAGAAGAAAGGAUGUGUGAGGCACAUUUCGAACAGAACACCAUUCGCGACAACAAUGGUCGAUUCCAAGUUCGUCUCCCCUUCCGAAAAGAUCCAAAAUCACUAGGAAAAUCUCGUGAAAUCGCUACUAAACGGCUUGAGGAAAUUGAGCGAAAGUUGGCCAAAAAUCAUCAGCUUAAGGGACAAUAUCACUCCUUUCUGCGUGAGUAUCUCGAGGCAGGCCAUAUGUCUCUCGCCAAAACACCAGCACCGGUUGGAUCAGUAUACCUCCCACACCAUUGCGUCUUGAAGGAGUCCAGCACUACAACCAAAUGCCGUGUCGUUUUCGAUACUUCGGCCAAAACGACUAGUUCAAAAUCACUCAAUGACGUGCUAAUGAGUGGUCCUGUCCUACAAGAUUCCCUCAUCGACAUUCUGCUACGGUUUCGUUUCCCAGUUAUUGCACUUACUGGUGAUAUACAGCAGAUGUACCGUAUGGUGCAAGUUGCAACGGAGGAUCGUGAUUAUCAACGAAUCUUAUGGCGAUGGAGACCUGAAGAUGACAUCGAUGAGUACACUCUAAACACCGUCACCUACGGAACAAAACCGGCGUCAUACCUCGCGACAAAAUGCGUUCAACAGUUGCUCAAUCUCUUUGCUGUAAACUACCCGGAUGCGGUCCAGAAGGCAUUGAAGGGGACAUACGUUGAUGACGUUUUGAUCGGUGCAGAUUCUCCUGAAGAAGCUCAACAGUUACGACAACAGCUUUCGGAAAUAUUUGCAUCUGGAGGUUUCCAUCUGCGUAAAUGGGUGUCUAAUUGUAACAGGGCCCUUGAAGGUGUAUCCGAAGCAGACCUCGAAAUUAGGAUCCCAAUCGAAUUAAAUGGAAACGAAACCAUCAAAGCCCUUGGAAUUCACUGGCAGCCGUGCAGUGAUGAGCUCCUGUUUUCCUAUCAACCAGUUAAGAUCCUUCAGCCCACUAAACGUAUCAUUUUGUCGCAAAUCGCCAGCCUGUUCGACCCUCUGGGUUUGCUCGCUCCAAUCAUCGUCAAGGCGAAGUUGGUAAUGCAACGUUUGUGGGAGCUGAAGGUGGACUGGGAUGAAACUCCCCCUGGUGAGUUGAUUGAUGAUUGGAUAGUUUUAGCACAGAAUCUGUUCGCUCUCAAUUCAUUUCAGAUACCACGAAGAGUCGUCUACGCUCGAAGCCUUACACGACUCUACCUGCACGGCUACAGUGACGCUUCCGAGAAGGCAAUGGGCACCUGCAUAUACAUUCGAUCCGUCGACGAAGAUGGCAACCAUUCAUCGCAUCUUCUUUGCGCAAAAUCGAAAACAGCACCGAUCGGGAAGGGUCGGUCGACCAUACCUCGCUUGGAGUUAAAUGCGGCGGUGAUCUUGGCACGUCUAAUCAGCAAUGUUACUGCAGCUUUGGCAAAACAGUUUCACGAAAUUCGAGCCUACAGUGAUUCCCAGGUAGCAUUGGCAUGGAUAUCUGGCGGAGCGUCUAGAUGGAAAACAUAUGUUGGAAAUCGCGUAGCCGAAAUCGCAACUCUCUUGCCGUCGAUCAACUGGUAUCACGUUGGCACCCACGACAACCCUGCAGAUAUAAUAUCGCGAGGUGCUCUUCCUGUUGAUUUGAAAACGAAUGCUCUUUGGUGGCAUGGUCCAAAUUGGCAGCAUUCAUCACCACAUCGAGAUCUAAACGAUGCACAAAGGCAACAAGUAGACCGUGAACGAAAAUCUGUGGCAGUCGAUCUCAUGGUCGCAUAUCAAAACCAUUUUUUAGAUGAGAUGUUAAUUCGUUACUACCCAAACAAACAAAUGUUGCUACGUGUCACUGCUCGUCUUUUGAGAUUCGGUUCCCGAGGACCUGAACGUCUAACAUCUGAUGAGUUGGAUAAGGCUCUUUCAAUAUAUGUAUCGCACACCCAGAGAUCUCACUUCUCGAAUGACAUCAACCGUUUGAAAGAAGGAAAAUUUGUGUCUAGCGGAAGUUCUAUUCGUUUACUCGAUCCUUACUUGGAUGCAGACGGGCUUCUCAGGGUGGGCGGCCGUAUCCGUCAAUCGAAGCUAAAAUAUGAUACAAAACAUCAGCUACUGCUACCUCGGCGUUCUAUAUUCACUUCUCUAAUAUUAUAUGACGCCCAUAUCAACAACUUUCAUUGCGGACCGCAAACUUUGCUAGCAAUUUCUCGUCAACGUUUUUGGAUACCGUAUGGGACAAGUGCGGCUCGUAAAAUCUCUCGGCAAUGCGUAACAUGUGCUCGAAUGAAACCUCUACCUUUACGUCAGCAAAUGGGUCAGUUGCCAUCAUCUCGUUUGGAUCCACAGCCUCCGUUCUCUGUAGUGAGAAUAGAUUAUGCGGGUCCGGUGAAUAUCAUAAGCCGUAAGGUACGUGGAGCGGCAUCGAGCAAGGGAUACAUAGCCUUGUUCGUUUGUUUCGUUACAAAGGCGGUAUGGUUGGAAGCAGUAUCGGAUCUCAGUACACCAUCGUUUCAGGCGGCGUUUACCAGGUUCACCAGUCGCUACGGCAUGCCAGCAAAGGUAUAUAGCGACAACGCUACAAAUUUUCGUGGAGCAGCAAAGCAAUUGAAGGACGUCGCAAAUCUUUUCAAUUCCAAUGCACACCAAUCGAUCGUGGCAGAUUUUCUUGCCAACAAGGGUGUCGAGUGGAAUUUUAUUCCGCCACGCUCUCCUCAUCAUGGAGGGCUCUGGGAAGCUGGUAUCAAGGUCGCCAAGCAGCUGCUGUGUAAAAUUUCAGGUAAUUUCACAUACACGUUCGAGGAAUUGUCGACUCUUUUGGCUCAAGUUUCGGCAUGCAUGAACUCUCGUCCCAUCACACCGAUUUCCAACGAUCCAACGGACCCGCAGCCAUUGACCCCCGCGCAUUUUCUGAUUGGGAGACCGUUGACAACAGCACCGGAAAUCAACCAACUCGAACGCCGUGUCAGCUCUAUGUCGCGUUGGCAAUUUGUUCAGCGUGUAUCUCAGGAGUUUCGAGCAAGAUGGCAGAAGGAAUAUGUACGAUCGUUGCAGGUAUUCACGAAGUGGCAAAAAUCUGCAUCUAACGUGAAGGUUGGUGACUUCGUACUUUUGGUUUGCGAAAACGAUAAGCCGAAGCAGUGGCCGCUUGGACGGAUAGUGGAAGUUCAUCCAGGACCUGAUGGAUUGGUCCGAGUAGCAUCUCAUUGUACUCAUGAACUUAUAAUAAAAUCAGUCUAUUGA